AUGGCGGGUGGUGCCGAAGAGACGAGCACCGCCAUCGUUCGCGAAAGGGAUGGUGGCAACAACCUCCAAGGUCGUGCAGCGACUGACGAGGAAAGGGAACCAGAUAAAAUGACAAGAAUGCUGACAUUAAUGAAAUGCUUCGAAGCGUGGUUCAAGCAACUUGAGGAGUCACAGGCAAAGUCGAGUAGGGUGUCCGGAGACGGCGACAGACGUGCGCGCAACGUUCAUCACCCGAUGACACCGCCCAUGGACUCCAUUUUGUUUGCGUCGGACUUCAGAAGGGGCGCAAGGAUGCAUCUAGCCUCUCUGGCUGGUUCACGAGUACGCCAAUCGCGGCGACUCCGCGAAGACUGGUGGUAG